GUCCGGCGUACUACAGUCCUCCCAGGAGAGGAUAUGGUGACCGAGAAAGAAGCCCCACAAGGAGGGGAUAUGGAGGCGGUGGUUUUGCCAGACGCAAGGAGCAGAAUCAGGGGAGCCUUUUAGUUAGGAACAUUCCUCUUGAUUGCAGACCAGAAGAACUGCGCAUCCCUUUUGAGAGAUUUGGGCAUGUUAGGGAUGUGUAUAUUCCCAAAGACUACCACACAGGGGAACCACGGGGUUUUGCAUUUGUGCAGUUUGUGGAUCCGUAUGAUGCUAUGGAAGCUCAGCAUCGGAUGAAUGGAAAAAUCUUUGCCGGGAGAGAGGUGUCUGUUGUUGUUGCUGCAGAGACUAGGAAAAGACCUGAGGAGAUGUGGCAAAGAGCCAGGGUUAGGGGAGGAUCAGGCUAUGGGAGACAAUCUUAUUAUGAUAAUGUUGACGUUCUCGGUCUCGCUCACUUUCCCCUCUACACUCUCCUCACAGGCCUUCAGGUUCUAGAAGCCGAUAUCACUCAAGGUCAUACUCUCCUGUUCCAAGACGACAUGGAGACUUUCCUGUCUCUCCACAUAAAAGAUAUGAGGAGUACCCAAGAUCACCAAGGGGUCCUCCACAAGAGCAAGAUGGUGAUUAUAAACACAGAGCCUAUUCUCCUGGAUAUGACAAUGUCAAUCAAAAUCAACUUGGAAAUGGUUAUGGAAAGAAACCUACAUACGAGUCUGAGGAAGCACGGGAUGCUUGGAGGUCUGGCAGGUCCCGGUCUGGUUCCAGGUCCAGGUCAGCUGACCUGUCUCCAAGGCGCAGCAAGGAAGUAGGACCAAGAUAAGUAAAAGGGGACAAUUUUUGUUUUUUUUUUUUUGAUCAGUGGGAAAUUGGGGGAUAGGGGAGUAAGUAUAAUAUUGCUGCAGCACUGGCAGCUAGAACCCUUGACAUAGACGCCAAGGGGAUGGUGCACUUCCAACGCAGCCGAAGCCGCAAGUGCAAAAGGGGACAAAUAUUUGGUUGUUAGGUUUCUAUUGAUUUAUAUGUUAAUGUUGGUGGAAUCUAUAUGAUUGGAAAGAUGAUGAAGUCCCCUGCAUCAAAACUAUGGAAACUUCUAUUGCUGGAUUUAAUGUUUAUGUUACAAACAAUUAGUGUUCAAAUUUUUAAUUUUUUGGUGUCUACAAUCAAAGUGUUUUUAAGUU